ACCCUAAAACCGCUGAGCAUAAACAGUGCGGAGCUCAAGCAAUGCAGCAAAACUAGUCACAAAUGCAAAAAUAUCAGUCCAAUAUGGAGUCUUGCUGGCAGGUUGGACACAUCUUGUGUCGUUUCUUGCUAACUUUGACGUUGUUAGCCAUAAUAACUUGCGAUGCGUUCCGUCUACGUGACCUCAAAAACACAGUACAGCAUAUUCCGUUGAAAAGAGUGACUCGGGAAGGUGUAUUUCGAUACCUUGGAGGAGCCGACCCACACUUUGACAAGGAACUAAAAGAACUGCAUGAAUUUAGAGUUCGGCGAAGCGCGGAAGGUUCGCUACGUGUCCACAAUCACACCAAAAUAACGGAAGAAUUCGAACUCGAAGGAGAUAACCACACCGUGGCUUUCUUACAUUGGGCAGGGAAAAAUAGUUCCGUGAUCUAUAUAUACACUUGCGGGAAGGUGAAUCAAACUGAAAGUGAACAUGUCCUUUGUGAAAAUGCAUACUUCUGGAGAUCAACUGACUAUGGAAGCACUUUUCAUCGUGAAGAUUAUAAAUUUGAAGGCUCAAAGACCAUUAACAAUGUGGAUUUCUGCCUUAGCAACCAUACAAAGGUUAUCGUGAGUGUCUUGAAGCCCAAGACUACCCUCUACAUUUCCGAGGAUGAAGGGAAAACCUUUAGAAGAGUUCCUGUGAAUUUCUCUCCUCAUGUGAUUUCUUGUAAUCCUGUAUCAGACCAUCUUAUUGUUGCUCAGGAUCAAGAUACGAAAAAGGUUUACUAUUUCAAGGAUGGGGGCACACGAUGGACUGAACUCUCUGACAAGGUCGUGAGACAUUACUGGGGAUCUCAUCAUGUUGAAGGAUGGGGUAAAGUACUCUUCCUUGAAGUGCAGGAUAAAUCAAAAUAUAGCUCAGUUUUAAUGUAUGCUCAAUUGCCGUGUAGUUCCAGUUCAGGAUGUGUGCAAGUUUUUGACAAGUCUCUGAAAGAGUUUAUGUCAAACUCUUUAGAAGUGGAAGGCAAAUAUGUGUUUGUUCAGAAAGAUUUGAAGCUCAAAGGAUUGUAUGUUUUCUACCAAAACAGCUCCGGUUUUCACACUAACUUCUUUCAGAAAGCGCAGUUUCCCCUUGAUGUAGAAGAAAAACUUUACAAGGUUGUUGAUGCGAGUGAAAAUGAAAUGAUGGUGGCGGUGAGACAUGACACAAAAGACAAUCAGCCCUAUUACAACUUGUAUGUGUCAGAUGUGACAGGAGUGAAGUAUUCGCUCUCCUUGAAGAAUAUCCUGGCUGCCAGGACUGAAGUAUGGGGACAGAACACAACGCUGGUUGAUAUUCACAGGGUGAAGGGUCUCAAUGGAACAUACUUGGCAAAUGUCUACCUCAGAGAUACAUUCAGUGGUGCCCAAAAAUUUAAGUCUGUGAUCACAUUUAACAAGGGAGGGAAGUGGUUCCCUCUGAAGGCUCCAAGUGUUGAUCAUAAUGGCAACCCUACAAACUGUUACCCGCCUGACUGUGCUCUUCACAUCCACAUGGUCUUGAGUCACUGGUACUAUUACAUCCCUUCUGUUUUGUCUUCAGACUCAGCUGUAGGGAUUAUCAUAGCUCAAGGUAACUUGGGGAGCAGUCUAUUAGAGAAUCACAUUGGGGUAUUUCUUUCCAAUGAUGGUGGCCUAACUUGGACCAAAGAAUUUGACGGGUACCAUGAUUUCGUCAUUGGAGACCACGGUGGAAUUAUUGCAGCAGUCCCAAUGCGUCGUCGUGUUGAUAAAGUGUGGUACAGCUGUACUGAAGGAAAAGUUUGGUCCAAUGUGACUGUAGGAAGUAAACCACUUUUUGUAUACGGCAUGGUAACUGAACCAGGAGAAACGACUCUGAUAUUUAACUUGUUUGGUCAAUAUGCAACGGAGACCUUUCAGUGGCUGUCAGUUAAACUUAACUUCACUUCAGUGCUGGACCAAAAGUGUCAGGCGGGAAAUUACACUAAAUGGUCUCCUAAUGAUGAGCGUGUUGACGGGCGUUGCUUGUUGGGUCAGCACAUUGUGUUUGAGCGCCGCAAGUCAGGCGACUGCUGUUUCAAUGGUGAUGAGUACGAGAGAGAGAUCAAUGUCACUACCUGUACUUGUGAAAUUGAUGAUUUCGACUGUGAUUAUGGCUAUAUCCAUGGCGUGCUUGGUGACGUGUGUGUGCCCACCAAUGAUGCCAGCCCUGUACCAGCAGUCUGUCCAGAGGGGAAAACCUACCAACACACGCGUGGCUACAGAAAAGUAAUUGGAGACCUUUGUAAAGGAGGUGUAGAAGAAAAGCUUAUGCCAGAGACAAGGCCUUGUCCAACGAAAGCCCCAGCAGAGCUAAAUAUCAAGUUUGCGGCAGUUUCGAAGACUGUAGAAGUUCACAAACAAGUGAAUUUUAACCUUAGCCAGAAGGAGGGCUCAACUGAAUCCACCUGGUAUGCAUGGGACUUUGGAGACAAUAGUACUGUGCUCAACAAAACCGGACUCAGUAGUGCAGAGCAUGUGUCACACACUUACCACAAACAUGGCGACUUUGUUGUACGACUCAUAGCAGGCAACAAGGCUGGGCAGUCUGUGGUCACUGCUGAAAUCAUUGUAAAAGAUCCCAUUACAGCAAUCGUUAUUGACCCACCACAUGCAGUGGUCAUUGGUCAAGAAGCCUGGUUCAAUGUGACGCUUCAUUCCAACAACUUGGUUAACCCAGAAGAGUACUCUCCAUCUUAUGGCUUUGUACAUUUCAUGUGGUUUUUUGAAAAGAACAAAGACAAGAACAAGAAGCCGCUGCUGACGUGGGAUUAUGAAGUGGCCCAUACAUUCACAACACCCGGGAAACAUGAUGUCUCUGUCACUGCUAUCAGUGUGAUUGGGCAGGAAAGCAACUCUGCGACUGUUAUGGUAUAUGAGGAUCUCACCACUGUGCGUCUGUCUUUUGACUUGGCUCUGGAGAUCGAGAAUGACAACACCAAGGAAUGGAGAGAGACUUUUUCCCAGCGCUUGCAGGCAGCUCUUUCCCAGGCGCUAGAUGUUGAUCCCUCUCGUCUUGAGGUUGUCGUGUUGCGCGGCAAGCCAACGAGAAGUGAUGUGUCUAUAACACCCGCCCCAACGAAUAGCAGCAAGACAAGAACGGAGAUUGUGGAACUGUUGAAGAAACUGGUAGACGAUGGAGCGAUGAAGAUCCAGUUACCGAAGGACACCACUAUCAGGGUCAUAAAUGUUGAGGUGCUUCCAGACAGAGGGUAUGAUGGGGGUUCGUCUCCAACUUCUUCCAGCAACUCUGGAUUAGGAACUCGGCUGGCUAUUGGUGUUGGUAUUGCAGCAUCUCUGGUAGUCAUCUUCCUUAUAGUGACUCUUCUCUAUUUCCUCAGACGCUACAAUUUGCUUCGUUCACGUUACACUCACCUGCGUUUGUAUAGUGACGGAGCACAACUGAGAGACCCCUUGAUAGAAGAUGACACUGAAGAUGAACAAUCUCUUCAUCCUCAGCCGGGAGGAUCACUGCGAUACGUGCCUGUAGCCACAAGCUCGGUCCCUGAUCCUGAUACCGACGAGGAACUCAUAGACAACUUUGACGGUGGAUCUCUGGCUCUCAUGCCUGUAAGCCAAAAUGGUCAAGCACAAGGGAAAAAUGUACACGUCUGAAUCAAUAAUUGCAUAGUUCAUGUGUUAAGAUGGCUGCCAACAGUUUCCAGCGCUUUCUAGUAAUUUCUACUUUCAGGAAUCAGUACUACCACUCUGAAUCUAGUAUUUUCACGAUAAUGGUAACGCACAAAUGCCCACUCAUUGUGAUAUCACCUGAUAGAGGGUUAAAGUAUUGAUCCAUCAAAGUUUAAGUGAUGGAAAGAGCCGCAAGUUGUUGUCAGCCACUUUAAAUGCAAACGUCUGUAAUACAGUUUAACAUCAGUAGGCCUGUGGCAAUGAUGCUAUUACGUACUAGUUUUUGACUGUGCAGUGUCACAGCAAACAAGCAAUAUCAUUUCUCCUACUCUAGAGAGAGUUUCAUCGCCGAAAAGCGAGAAGAGGCUUCCGAAUGUGACCCGCAGCGGGAUGUUAUUGAUGAAAAUCGAAGGAAUUGUGCGAAAAUGUUGUUUUUGGGGUUUGAUAUGUCUUGUCAUCGGAACCAAAACUAAGAAGUAAACGGAAAAUUUCGUAAAAAAUCUAAUGGUUGUUAAGGUCACAUAUCCAAACAACCAUCCUUGUCUUAGUUUUAACUUGGUAAGGUACUUACUUGCUACUUCCUGCGCCUGUCAAUAACACGCGAACUCAAACGAUAGUUACAUUUUAUACUAGCAGCGAUUAUCUUUUCAGAACUUCAGAAUUCGCGUACUGUUGGAAAGGUACGAUAAUUGGGAAGCUUUGUAUAAAAAGGACCCAAGUAGCAAAA